ACAACGAAACCACUUUCUUCUCUGUUUUUCUCUUCUGGGUUGGAUUGAUUGAUUGAAAUUCUUCUUCUUUUUGGCUUUCUUUUCGUUCUUGUGCAAAUGUGUUUUGGUUGGAGAAAAAGAAAAACUGCCUUAAAUAGGCAGAGAAAGGGUGAUGUUGAUGCAGAGCUUGUGAUUCAAGAAUGGUGUGUAGAGAAUCGAAAAUUCGGGGCUGAUAGAAUCCCAACACCCAGAGUGCCGGUGACCGGGAUUGAGGUCUCGGAGAUAAUUUUUGGUGUCAAGGAAUCAGCAAAACGUUUGGAUCGAUGUGGGUGCUCGGAUUUGGUGAAAAAGGUCAAAACUUGGGGGAGUGAGAGUGAAAGGAACAGGAUGUGCAUUGUGCAGAAUGGGACUGGUAGUGCAUUAGCAGCAGCAUUUGAUGAAUUCGCAAGAGAUUCAUAUGAGAGAAAUGAAGUUGUAUUGGAAGAGAUUUUGUGUUGCUUGAAUUGGAUGAAACCAUUUGAUGCUGAAACCCAAAUUUACUUGGGAUCCAAGGAAUCAUUAGGUUGUCUGGUUUGGUUCUUGAGAAAUGGGGAUUCAACUUCAGUGAAGCAGAACUCAAUUGUUGCCUUGAAAGAGCUUGUGUCCUGUGACCAAAAACAUGUAGAAGCACUAACUGGAAUAGAAGGAACUGUUGAAAUUAUGUUCAAGUUCAUUCAACACCCAAUUAGCACUACAAUCACCAAAUCUUCUCUUGUGCUAAGUUUCCACUUAGUUUCAUUCAGUGAGAAGAUCAGAAACUUGUUUUGUCAGAUGGGUUUGGUUUCAAUACUCUUAAAGUCCAUGAUUGAUACUGAAAGGAGCGUAUGUGAGCGAGCAUUGGGCGUUCUCGACAGGCUAUGUGAUUGCGAUGCAGGAAGAGAAGAAGCAUAUAAAAAUGCUCUAACAAUUCCAGUUCUGGUGAAGAAGAUAUUGCGCGUGACGGAUUUGGCGUCGGGGUAUUCAAUUAGUAUAACUUGGAAGCUAAUCAAGCAUGAACAGAAGAAGAACAAUGGAGAUGGAUCAAUGAUAUUGGUUGAGGCUCUUCAAGUUGGUGCAUUUCAGAAGGUCUUGUUGUUAUUACAGCUUGGCUGUGGAGAUGAAACAAAAGAGAAGGCAACAGAGGUUUUGAAAUCCUUGAAUCCUUACAAGACUACUCUGGAAUGCAUUGAGAUUGCUGAUUUCAAGAACCUCAAGAGGUCAUUUUGAAAGAUCAUAAGGAGAUUGGAACAAAUUCUUCUUCUUUUUCAUUAAUCAUUUGUAUAUGACAAGAGCAGUUUUGUAGACAAAAUGAAGAUAGUUUCUCCAAUUUAAUUUAAUUGUUUGAUCGAACUAGUCAAUUCAAUUGUUUUUCAA